UGCGACACCUGUCUGUACAUUCCCUUUUUGGUAUUGACACGAUCUCAUAGUAUCUUUUGCAGCGCGUCGCAACACUCGACAGUGCUUCAAUGCGCAUGACCUUGCUACAAAGGCACCCAAAAUAGGGAUGAAACGCAGGUUUCGAGCAUUUUGAUUGGCCGAUGCGUUUAGAAAGCGCCGAUACGCACCUCUCGUAUUCGCACCGAAAGAGAUGCACGUUUGAUGUCGCAGAUGAGCACCGACUGCAACCUUGUAACUGUAAGUGUUUAAGUAUCUUGAAUGUCCCUCAACCUCUACACUUUGGUUUCAGUUUCAAAUCACCACGCUCUUUUACUACCGCACUCAAGACGCGACUAGGUACCGAUCGCACCGCAACUAGCGACUAUGCUACACCACCUCUAUACGCGCAAGGAUGGCUACACCGACCAACCACUAUAUCCAUACAACCCCUCCGACACAGCGGCAUACGCCUUCGUAGCUAUGUUCGCCAUUGCCGGGUUGCUCCACCUCGUGCUCAUGUUCCCCUAUCGAGCCUGGUUCCCCAUCCCAAUGAUCAUUGGCACCGCUAUGGAAGCAGGCUCCUACUACCUCCGCUCCAAAUCCCACGACAACAUCCACCAAAUCCUGCCCUUCAUCAUCUCCACCCUUCUCAUCAUGGGCGCCGCUCCCAUGCUCGCAGCCACAAUCUACAUGUCGCUCAAACGCAUCGUCAAUGCUGUCGAUGCUGCACACUCUGCACCAAUCAGCAUGCGCUGGGUGUCGAAGCUCUUCGUGCUCUUCGAUGUUGGGUGCUUCAUCAGUCAGAUCGCAGGAAGUGCGAUGCGGGCGGACGUGAAGACUCUGAGUACCGGUACUACGCUGGUUAUGGUGGGGUUGAUUAUACAGGUCGUGAUCUUCUUCAUUUGUAUCGCGCUUAUGGCGAGUAUUCAUUUUCGCUUGAACCGCAACCCGACGAACCUCUCCAACCUCCCAACGCUAUCAUGGCGCCGUAAUGUGUGGAGUUUGUACUUCGUCAGCGGACUCUUCCUUGUCCGGAAUUUCAUUAGGAUUCUUGAGUUCAAGCAGGGUGAUUCUGGGUGGCUUCUUAGUAGUGAAGUUCCGCUGUACAUCUUUGAUGGAGGGUUUAUGCUGGUCAUCGUGGUCAUGAUGGCGGUUGUGCAUCCUGGGAGACUAGCCAGAAAGGUGGUUAAGAUGGGCAAGGAGGGUGGAUUGGAGAUGGGCUACAGGGACAGUGCAAAGGAGCCGUUCAGGCCUCUUGCUAGCCAGAUGUAAGAUGUGGAUUGUUUCUUUUGUUUACAAACUUCCUUUGUCAUAUAGAUCGGUCUCAAUAGGGUUGACCAAGUAGAG